GUGUGUUUUGACAGUUUUUUUGGGCAGUCUGCUGUAUAGAGCUCAGAUCAUAACACGGAAACUUUUGUAUACAAGCAGAAACGCUUGCUGAAGUACCCCUACAAUUUUAAAUGGUGUUUUAAAAAGCAAUAAUGGGAGAGACAGAAGAAGAGUUGUUUUGGUCAAAUGCGAUGCAUUCGUUGCUUUUUGUCAACGCUAGCACUGCUGUUGUGGCCGCGGUUGUGUUUGUAUCCGUUUACUUGUUUUUACUUACUCAAAGGAACUAUGGUGCAUUCUCAAAUUUUCCUCCUGGGCCAAAACCGUGGCCUGUGGUGGGUAACUUUGCAUUUUUGCUGAUCCCCGAUUGGGUGUUAAGAAAGAUCAAUGCUGAUGACGAAGGUGAAAUUACAAAGAAGAAAGUGAAGCAACCUGCUAUACUUUCUCCUCAUGUAAUGCUUACGGACCUGGCCAAAAUAUAUGGGAACAUCUAUAGUAUCUUCUGUGGAAACCGUCCUAUGGUUAUCCUGAAUGGCUACGAAACAGUCCGGGAUGCGCUUGUCAAUCAUGCCGAAGAGUUUUCUGACAGACCCACCAUUCCUACAAUUACCAUAAUUACAAAGAGGAAAGGUAUUGUAUUUGCACCUUAUGGCCAAGUAUGGAGACAGCAGAGGCGGUUCUCCCACUCCACCCUUCGACACUUUGGACUUGGAAAGCUCAGCCUACAGCCCUGCAUCCUGGAGGAAUUCCAGUUUGUUAAGAAGGAGUUUCUGCAGCACAGCGGAGGAAAUGGGGGGGCCUUUGACCCUUCCCUUACCAUCAGCAACGCAGUCUCCAACAUCAUCUGCUCUAUGAGCUUCGGACGCCGAUUCGACUACCAGGACCAAGAGUUCAAGACUCUGCUGGGCCUUAUGUCCAGGGGUCUUGAGAUAUCAGUCAAUAGCAAAGCCAUACUGAUAAACAUCUGCUCCUGGCUUUACUACCUACCAUUUGAUCCCUUUAAGGAGCUGAGGAAGGUGGAGACAGAUAUAACAGCCUUCCUGAAGGGUAUUAUUGCCCAGCACAGGGACAGUCUGGAUCCUGCCAAUCCGCGGGAUUUCAUAGACAUGUAUCUCCUGGAGACCAGCCGGCAGCAGCAGCAAGGGAAGCUAGACAGCAGCUUCAGUGAAGAUUACUUGUUCUACAUCAUCGGGGACCUGUUCAUCGCCGGCACUGACACCACCACCAACACCCUGCUCUGGAGCCUGCUGUAUAUGUGUCUGAACCCCGACGUGCAGGAAAAGGUUCAAGCUGAGAUCGAUCAGGUGGUAGGACCUGACAGAACCCUGUCACUGACUGACAAAGCCAGUAUGCCCUUCACAGAGGCGACGAUCAUGGAGGUCCAAAGAAUGACAGUGGUUGUGCCUCUGUCUAUACCACACAUGGCUUCGGAAACCACCUUGUUCCAGGGAUACACCAUUCCCAAAGGCACUCUGAUUGUCCCAAACCUGUGGUCAGUACACAGAGAUCCUUCUGUGUGGGAGAACCCAGACGAGUUUAACCCCUACAGAUUCCUGGAUGAAAAUAGACAAAUGCUGAAGAAAGAAGCCUUCAUUCCCUUUGGGAUAGGCCGCAGGGUCUGCAUGGGAGAGCAGUUGGCCAAGAUGGAGCUUUUCCUGAUGUUUGCAAAUCUGAUUAAGUCUUUCAUCUUCAAACUUCCAGAAGGCUCUGCAAAACCAUCAAUGGAUGGAAGGUUUGGUCUGACGCUGGCCCCACAUACUUUCAAUGUCUGUGUUAGUCUUCGUUAAAGAAAUCUACAAAUAACCUUAAUUAAACAGAAGACAUGUAACUUAGACGGUGUUUGGAUGUGUUUAGCACUGUGACAAUAGAUUCUUGAAUCCACUGUUUUGCAAUCUUACCAAGAUCUGGUAUUCUCAGGUAGGUUCAGUGCAUUACUGCUUGAAAGAUUACUAGGCCGUGCUUGGAUUUCUGGCUGAAUUUGAUCUAAAAUAACUGGCAUCAGCAGUUUGGAGAGUCUUUCUCACUUUACAGAGAAUGUAUUGCCUUGCAGGACAAUUCAAAUAUCAUCAUUGCCUACUAACACAUACAGUGCCUUGCGAAAGUAUUCGGCCCCCUUGAACUUUGCGACCUUUUGCCACAUUUCAGGCUUCAAACAUAAAGAUAUGAAACUGUAAUUUUUUGUGAAGAAUCAACAACAAGUGGGACACAAUCAUGAAGUGGAACGAAAUUUAUUGGAUAUUUCAAACUUUUUUAACAAAUAAAAAACUGAAUAAUUGGGCGUGCAAAAUUAUUCAGCCCCCUUAAGUUAAUACUUUGUAGCGCCACCUUUUGCUGCGAUUACAGCUGUAAGUCGCUUGGGGUAUGUCUCUAUCAGUUUUGCACAUCGAGAGACUGACAUUUUUGCCCAUUCCUCCUUGCAAAACAGCUCGAGCUCAGUGAGGUUGGAUGGAGAGCAUUUGUGAACAGCAGUUUUCAGUUCUUUCCACAGAUUCUCGAUUGGAUUCAGGUCUGGACUUUGACUUGGCCAUUCUAACACCUGGAUAUGUUUAUUUGUGAACCAUUCCAUUGUAGAUGUUGCUUUAUGUUUUGGAUCAUUGUCUUGUUGGAAGACAAAUCUCCGUCCCAGUCUCAGGUCUUUUGCAGACUCCAUCAGGUUUUCUUCCAGAAUGGUCCUGUAUUUGGCUCCAACCAUCUUCCCAUCAAUUUUAACCAUCUUCCCUGUCCCUGCUGAAGAAAAGCAGGCCCAAACCAUGAUGCUGCCACCACCAUGUUUGACAGUGGGGAUGGUGUGUUCAGGGUGAUGAGCUGUGUUGCUUUUACGCCAAACAUAACGUUUUGCAUUGUUGCCAAAAAGUUCGAUUUUGGUUUCAUCUGACCAGAGCACCUUCUUCCACAUGUUUGGUGUGUCUCCCAGGUGGCUUGUGGCAAACUGUAAACGACACUUUUUAUGGAUAUCUUUAAGAAAUGGCUUUCUUCUUGCCACUCUUCCAUAAAGGCCAGAUUUGUGCAGUAUACGACUGAUUGUUGUCCUAUGGACAGAGUCUCCCACCUCAGCUGUAGAUCUCUGCAGUUCAUCCAGAGUGAUCAUGGGCCUCUUGGCUGCAUCUCUGAUCAGUCUUCUCCUUGUAUGAGCUGAAAGUUUAGAGGGACGGCCAGGUCUUGGUAGAUUUGCAGUGGUCUGAUACUCCAUUCAUUUCAAUAUUAUCGCUUGCACAGUGCUCCUUGGGAUGUUUAAAGCUUGGGAAAUCUUUUUGUAUCCAAAUCCGGCUUUAAACUUCUCCACAACAGUAUCUCGGACCUGCCUGGUGUGUUCCUUGUUCUUCAUGAUGCUCUCUGCGCUUUAAACGGACCUCUGAGACUAUCACAGUGCAGGUGCAUUUAUACGGAGACUUGAUUACACACAGGUGGAUUCUAUUUAUCAUCAUUAGUCAUUUAGGUCAACAUUGGAUCAUUCAGAGAUCCUCACUGAACUUCUGGAGAGAGUUUGCUGCACUGAAAGUAAAGGGGCUGAAUAAUUUUGCACGCCCAAUUUUUCAGUUUUUUAUUUGUUAAAAAAGUUUGAAAUAUCCAAUAAAUUUCGUUCCACUUCACGAUUGUGUCCCACUUGUUGUUGAUUCUUCACAAAAAAUUACAGUUUCAUAUCUUUAUGUUUGAAGCCUGAAAUGUGGCAAAAGGUCGCAAAGUUCAAGGGGGCCGAAUACUUUCGCAAGGCACUGUACUUUACAGCACGGUUUACAUGCUGUACACAUCAGAGUGCUUUAUAUGUCAAGUGAAUGUCAGAACUGAAGAGUUUGCAAAUUUCAGAGAUUAUGCAACCCAUGUGCUUGUGCUCACCAAGUGGUGCACUUUGAAAUCAGGUAUUGAGGUAGUCCACAGAUCUGAACCUGAUCUCGAACACAAAGUCUACUGUCUUUUCAAAAAGAAAAUGUACUAGUUCAGGUCCAAAGUUUGUAAAUGUAUUAUGCAGAAACCCACGCUAAAGGAAAAUUAACAACAUAACAAAAAUCAUUUGGCCCACAGCCUCAUUGUUUGGAGCACCAAUCCUAGUGUCUCGUCUUGAAAGUUUGCAGCAGCUGUUCCGGUGACUGUCUUUCCCAGAUUAGCCUGCUAUAUAGUUGAGGCAGAGGAGGUGGUGAACCACACUAAAAAAUAUAGGGGCAAGUGGAUAAUGACAUUACAAAGUAGAGCGGUCUCAUUCAGAAAGCAUUCACACAUUUAAAACGAUACAUUAAGAGCUGAAGAUAAUAGAUGUAUUAAACUAAAAAUUCCAAAAAGCAAUAAAAGGCAAUGGGAAAAUAUAUUUUUUUACAUUGAUAGAUAGAUAAAAACAUAACAUUUCACAUUUUCAUACACAACUACUCUCCUCAACACAGCACACCACCCCUCCGAUCCCCCACGCCAUCUGGAACAAUUCCAGCUCCUGCACUAGACUGUAAUAAGAGAAUUCCAGCCUAACUGUAGAAAAAAAAUAAAUAAAUACUUUAAACACAGGCAGCACAUCCCCACUUAAAAUACCUCUCUCCCUGUUUUUUCGACUUUGCCAGUUUGGUCUGACCUAGGAGGAAAUUCCUCAGCUGCACUUUGUGCUUUCUCUGCUUGCAGUAUUUUAUUCCAAAGAUAAAUAGUUUCAGAAAAUACAAUCUCCAGACCAUUGAACAUGUCUUUAAGAAUGUAAAACAAGGGGUCCCCGAGUGGCUCACCUGGUAGAAGCGCAGCCCCGUGGUGCGCAGGGUGAGUCGUACAGCGCAGGUUCAUGUCCUGGCUGCGCGAAGUAGGCUGGUCUUCAUUGGCGACUCUGAAGGGAGCUUCGCAAUUGCCCAGGCGCUCCCGUGGGUUAGGGAGGUAAAACCAGCAGGGACUGUUUCUCCUCACUGCUCUACAGCAAACUCUGCUGGUCAGGCGCCCAGUGAGCUGAGAGCAGACACCUGCAGGGCUGGCCUUUAUCCUCCAGAGGUCAGUAGCUUGCUGACAUCAGCUCUCGAGUUCCUGGGUGAAAAAGGAAGCUGGCUUGGUCAUGCCCACUGAAUCUUCAGGUCUCCUGAGCCAUGUGGGGAAUUGCUGCGGUGAGGAGAAAAGCGAUUGGUAUUCCAAAUUGGGGGAAAAUCAGGAGGGGGAAUUAUAACCGGACACACAAAAAAAAAUAAAUAAAUAAAUAAAAGAAUGCAAAACAAAGGCUGAAGUCUUGGACAGUACAGGAAGCAGUAAAAUACAGUUUAUCUCUUUUUACAAUACAGACAUGAAAAAUAAUUAGUAUCCACAAUGGUAUGCAAAGCUCUCCACUGAAAGUCCCGUAAUCUUUUCUGCAGGCUCUAGAAUAGAAUAUAGCAUUGUAAAAGGGGUGUGGGAAUCUGCUGGAUUGACAUUGAAAUGCUGCACUGGUGCCCAGAAUUUAUUUAGAUUAAUAAAAAGAAACACAACUAUAUUAGCCUCACAGUUUGGCUCAGCGCUGUUCCCACUAAACAAGGGAGAUCCCACUGCUGAACCUAUAAACCCGAAAGUAUAGUGCUUGUGGGAUUAAAUAUCCCACAAACUAAACACUAUUUAUUUUGUCGCAACCAUGACAUUGGUUCCACACACGGUGGUCAUUGGCUUGUACAGGUAAACGCAGGUUUGUUGCUUUCCGUAACACGGACCAUCACGUCCUGGCUCAUCAGCCUUCAGGGUGUGUCAACGGCUUUGUUUUAUAGUGAGACACUCUGUCGAGACACGCCCACCGGGCAGUCAGAGAUCCACAGGCAUCCCAUACCUGGAUCCCAUUCCCUGUCAACACACAGCUGUUUCUAUGAAAACAAGCGAAAGAAAAAGAAAACAGAAUGCAAACCCUACGAUAUACACACGGGCAGGGCCUCACCCCUGCCACAAGCAUGCUGGCUUUUCUUUAUGUUCUUCAAACUGUACAUGCAAGAUAGCGACUGGGAAGCUUGUCAGUGGGACACAGGCCCCAAAUUGGAAACCAUAGAAAAGCAAUAAGCUUAGUAGAGAGUAAAGAACCAAAUAUUUUUUUACUUAGGUAGAUUUGAACAGAACACAACUAGACUUUGUAUCAGAACCACACAUAAAAGAAUCUCUGGCAGGAUUUACUUAAAUCGGUUGUGAGUCUAAAAUUUGGACUUUAGACAUUAAAUGUAAAGUACAAAGAAUGUUGACUGUAAACAUGAUUGUUACAGAACUACAUUAUGUUGUUUGCACAGUACCUUUCUACGGCACUUGUACUAUUUAAAAUGAAUAAGGGACCUUAAUCUGAUAUAUUGCAAUAAUAAUGAAAAUAAAAACUCAGAAGUGGGCAGCUGUUAGCACCAGCUGUAAUUUUAAGUAGCCUAUAUUCCAUGAUAACUAGGGAUACAAUGCUUGUGAAACCGUUAUUUGCAUAAAAUUCCAAACCUACGAUACUGACAAAAGAGUAAACUGAACCUUAACUGAAACCACAUUUUAUUUGUACAAUAAAGCAUUGGUAAUUUCAGCAUUAAGCCAGCAGCAUUUUCGGGAGCUCGUUGUACACUUUGCUGCAUAUAGACUAGAUGGUUCUUACUAACAUCCGUUAAGAAUUUUAGCAUGGUAACACAAAUCAAAAGUUAUGACAUGACUUAUCUGUUUGAUUCUGACAGCCCUCAGUUAGAAUAACUGCAGCUGCAAACUUAAGGCUGUUCCUCACUCUGUCCGUUCCGUCACUUAUCAUCCUUCAUCCGAAAAAGUUGUGCGUCAAUCCAUUGCACACUAGAUGCGUUAAUAUCAUACUUGUAACGUACUCAAAAUGCAAUACAUAAUAAUACAUAAUGAUAUUACACAACUGCAUACAGUUUGUCAUAGCAUCAGAAACCAUACGACCAAUAUUUUAUUUCAAACACUGGUAAGUGUUGGGAAGCUAGCAGUGAGCUACCAAAAAUACUUUACCAUAAUUACCGCCUACUCUCUGGGUAUGGAAACAGAAAUUCCAUCUCUUCAUGCCCCUCUUUUCUGAUUGUUAAGCCCUGACCGCUCUUGGUUGCCCUGUCACACUUCUUUCUCUGAUAUGUGUCUCCAGGUUAGGCCAUUGUUUCAUUACUUCCUCGACUACAAUUGAAAUAAAAAGUAUAUACAUGCUAUAACCUAUACUGCACAAAACCCACAUGUUUAUACAUGGUAUUAGUUUAUAAUUUCAUGUUUUAUAAUACAUAUCAUUCAUGCCUGUCUGCGGCAAUGUCUUUCCAUAUGUUUUCUUUUUUUCAGAGUCUUUGUAAUCUUUGUUGGAUAAAGUAUGUGUUUGGCGACACACAAUUAGUUUUUCCAUUUUGUUCAGGGAACUGCAAGAAACCAUGUGUCUUCCAAAGUGAUUAUCAUUGGUCAAUGUCAUUUUUAACGCACGUCAAAAAGGAUAAAAUCAAACUUGUUUCAAUUAAAUAACUGACGCAUCACCAUACAUACACCGUACAACAAUUACGGACUCAGUGUGCAAGGUGCAACAGGGAAUGUACAUGCUUGUUAAAUUAAUUGACACAUCAGAAUUAUACAUGUUAAAAACGCGUGACAGAACGGAUCCAGUGAGCAAAGCCCUUUAGUCUGGGUAUUCAGAUGUCCAGGGCUGUGUAUAUACGCAAACACUAACUUAAACCUAACUAACUUAAAAAAAAAAAGCAUCCUAAGAAGUGAAAAGCUGAUGCUAGAAGUUUUUGAGUUAAAAAAAAAAAAUCAAGUUGAGUCUGUUGCCUCUGUGCUAAACUGACUAAAACAGCCAAAUACAAAACGCUAAAUGAAAAUCAAAUGUUAGUUGAGGUCCCGAAUAUCUGAAGCUGCUUUAAAUUAAAUGCUUUUGUGAGCAGGUCAGUUUAUUUUUAUUAUGCUAGCUUCAUUUACUGUGGGGGGUAUUGAAAUGAAUCUUGUUUGUCUAACUACUGUGUAGCUGCAAUCUAUAGGCAUAUUGAUUUGAUUCAAGUGUAAAGGGCCUUAUAUAUUAUAUAUAGAAUAAUAGAUGGGCUUCAGUGAGUUACAGGAAAAUAAUUUAAUUGAGGGUUUCUGUGACGUCAUAAAUUACGAGACCGAAGGUCGAGUCAUUUAUAAACUGUCACAGAAAUCAGAGAUGGAAUUGUUUUGCUGUAACUCACUGAAGAGGCCCAUCUAUUAUUUUUUUUAUAAUACACGGAUACCCUUGUGAUGCUAAUAUUAAAGAAGAUGAGGUUCAGUAGUACAGUCGUUUUUUUUUAAAACGUAGUGUUUCAGUCCUGUAUAGACGCUCUAUGUCGUUAUCCGUUUCUCUGAGAUAAGAAUGUACCAGCUUUACAUCUUUUUUUUUUUUUUUAAGAUGUUCUCAUUUUGUUGAUCAUUAAUGGACAUUUCUGUACUGUGGGUUUUGUCGAAUGAUUGAAAACAUUUUGUGUUUGAAUUGAAAGUGAUGGUCUCGAGGAGUCGAAUGGGUCAAAGUUCAAGUAUAUUUUCCUUUAGAAAAAUUAUCACUUUUUGAUGUCACUACUGUGGUAUUAUGCCUCAGGAUCCAAUAAUAGCCUUCAUCCAUGUAUUAUGUAUAUAUAUAUAUAUAUAUAUAUAUAUAUAUAUAUAUAUAUAAUAUCGCUACAGUUCUACUGUGAUUUGCCACUUACAACCAGAAAAAUGCCAGAAAACUUACUUUCAUGUGGAGAGUUGUAUUACAGUAUUGAGCAUCGCACAGGGUUAUUCAGACAUCGUUCGCAAAUAUAUGGAACCUUUUAGUAUUUAACACUGUUGAAAUGAGUGGGUUACAAACUGUUUGCGUGCUGCUGCCGAACACAUUUGAAUGUACUGUGAACUAUUUGCUUCAGAUCCCUGUGUUUGCUUCUUUUAUCAUUCCGUGUCUGACUGCAGAACAUCUUUGUUUGCUGCAUCAUGUCAUGUGUUCCUUAUAAGGUAAUUCAAUGUUCUUAACAUUUUGAUAACACUUUUAUGGGACCCAAAAUAAUGCUUACUGUGCUCCUUUGAACAUCACAAAGGAUCUGUAGUUCUGCAUGCCCACGUGAAUCAGGGCCACUCAUUCUGUGACAGCUUGAUCCCUUAAGUUAUAAGUAGUACUGUGAGCUCCAUCAGAAGUGAAAUUUGUUUUAGGCCUAUACCUUCUGAAAAAGUAUAAGUGUAUACACAGUGAUCACAAUGUUUGUUUGAAUCCAACAUUAAAAUUAUGUGAAAUGGGGGAGUUCCUUAUGACUUUUGGCUAGCAUUCUAUAUAUGAUAAUGCAAAGCUCUAUGAUGAUAACACUGUUUUGUUACCUUAUUUCCAUUGGUAGUGUGUACAAAUUUAUGUAAAUGGUAAAUAAUUAAAUACAAUUAUACAAAAAAUAAAUAAAUAGACAAAACAGUAUGUAUGUUCCUUUAAUCUUUUGUUUGCUGAUGUGAUUGGAGUUCCAGUUUAUAACACAGUAUCUCUCUUUUUGGUCAUUUUUAAUAGGUAUUGUACACAAUGGAUCUCAAAAAUGUUUUGCGGGGUGGGUGGGAGUAGAUAAAUGAUGUUCGCUAAAUCUAACAACUGCACUACCUGUAAUUAAAUUAUUUUCAUUUGUUUUCUUAUAUGAAUACCGAUUUUUGUAAAAUAAACCCUUAACAUCAUUGUGCCUUGAUUGAAAAUGUUUUGUAAUGCUGAAAUAAAAUCAAACUUUCAAGCAA